ACAAAAGAAGACGCGCGUAGUGGAAGUGUGCGUUGUGAGGCUGAGCAUUGCAACUGAAUAUUUAUACGUUAUAAAACUAAAACACACCACCACUCUCCUAUUUAGAGCACUAAGUACAUUAGUUUGGAUCCAAGCAAGACUGUCUCCAAAUAGACUAAGUUUGGGUGAGGAGGUGAAAAGGAUGAAACAAGACGCAGUGCGAAGUGCCAGUUACACAGUGGAGUGUGAGGAUUAUGUCCAUGUGGUAGAGUUCAGUCCCUUUGAAAGUGGUGCUGCAGGUGCCCUCCUUGCCUAUGGCGGAAACCAGUAUGUUGUGGUGGGAUCAUGUAGAUUCCAGGAGGAGGACACAGAAGUGGAUGGGAUUGAAUACACAACUCUGCGUGUGUUCCACCAUGGAGUUCGUGUGGAUGCUAUUGCUUGGAGCCCAGAGUCAAGAUUAGAUGCUCUUCCUAAACAGAUCAGGUUUUGUACAGCAUCUGCAGAUAGAAAGCUGAGGAUUUUAACAUCUGAUCUUCAGGACAGACAUGAGGUCAAGGUAAUGGACGGUCACUCUGAUUAUAUCAACGACUUGGUCUUCGAUCCAAAAGAGGGUCAGCAGAUUGCUUCAGUUAGUGAUGACCAUACUUGCAGGAUCUGGGAUUUAAGUGGAAGUCAAAAAAUAUCGUUUCUACUCCGCUCUCCUGGAAUGAGUGUCUGCUGGCAUCCAGAAGAUGCUUUUAAGCUAAUGGUAGCAGAAAAGAAUGGAAUGGUGCGGUUCUAUGACCUGAUUACCCAGCAGGCUAUCCUCUCCUUGGACUGUGGACUGACGCCUCUCAUGUCAGCAGACUGGUGCUUUGCAAACACGAUAAAAGUUGGAGCAGUUGCAGGAAAUGACUGGGUUAUUUGGGACAUCACUCGUUCCAGCUACCCUCAAGAAAAGAGACCUGCUCAUGUGGAUCGUACCAGAUUGUUCAAGUGGUCCAAAGCAAAUGAAAAUAUUUUUGCAACCACUGGAUGCCCAGGGAAGAUCAACAGUCAGCUGCUGGUACAUCACUUGGGCCAUCCUCAGCCCAUUAUGAUUGGAUCAGCCUCAGUAGGGGCAGGGUUGAGCUGGCACAGGACCCUCCCACUUUGUGUAAUUGGUGGAGACCGCAAGCUUUCCUUCUGGAUGACAGAAAUGUGAACAUGCACCUGUUUUGCUGCUGUCUGUUGUGUAAAAAAAAAAAAAAUGAAGAUAAACCUAUAUUGUGAUUUAAAUAAAGACUUGUUUUUGUACAUUU